AUGAAGGCCGCCGUUCUCCUGAGCCUCCUCCCGGCUCUCGCCCAGUCCGCCGCUGUCGGGCGUAGGCAGACUGGGGAUGGCUCACAAGGCGACUCGGACUCGACUCAAGGUGAUUUGGGAGAGAGGCCUCCUCCUCGAUUCCCUUUCCCUGUCACCAAGUUCCCUGUCGCCAACGAGACAGUUGUUCUUGAGAACGCCAUGUACAUUAUGCCCGGCCAGGUUUUCGAUGGAGGCAUGAAGCGUUACGAACGUCCCGAAGGAAGUUGUAAUGAGCAGGCCGAAGGUACCGACGCCGAUGCUGUAUUCAACCUCAUGGCCGGAUCCACAAUCAGGAAUGUUAUAAUUGGCAAGCAUCAAGCCGAGGGCAUUCAUGCCCUUGGCGACGCUUGGGUCGAGAACGUUUGGUGGGAGGACGUCUGCGAGGACGCCUUGACCGCCAAGGGGUUGAACACCCAGCUGAGAGUCAUUGGUGGCGGUGCCCGCAACGCAACAGACAAGAUCUUCCAGGACAACUCACUGGGUGGAAAGUACAACAUUACUGGCUUCUACGCCGAGGGAUUUGGUACUUUCUACCAGUCUUGCGGAAACUGUCUGAACCAAGCCAAGCGUAACGCAACCAUUCAAAACGUGGUUGCCGUAGACGGAAUUCGCAUGGGCAUCAUCAACCCGAAUUACGGCGACGAGUUCCGACUAAAGAACGCCCAGUUGAGCGACCACAUCACAACCAGCUUCAACGGCUCAGUGACAAACUUUUAUGAGCCUGAGGAGCCAUAUGAGUGGCUUGCUGACUAUUGGCCCGAGGGCUUCCACUGA